AUGAAGGAUGAUGAUGCUCGGGAGUGCAGCUUGGACGACGAUGGAUCGAAAUCUGAGAAGGACGAGGGGGUUGAGGAGACUAACAAUGAUACCAACAACCUAAUUUCUGACCUACUCAAAGAAAUUGACAGGUUGAAGGAAGAAUCGAAGGAAAAGGACAGAGUAAUUCAAACUUUGCAACAAAAAAUAGCUGAACUUGAAAGGGACCAUGUUCCGUAUGAAGACGCCGCUGAGCAAAUGUUUGACUAUGAAACAGAAGUCGGGACGGUACACGUUGAAAAGGGUAUCCUGCAGGAAGAAAUUGUGCAAAAGGAGGUUGAGAUAGGAGGUUUGUACGUCAGCAAUGACUUAUUAGAGGAAAAACUUGAAAAAUCUGAAAAAGACAAAGCAAGUGUCGAAGAUGGCCUAGAUGACAUGGUAACCCAUAUGGUUACACAAGAAUACCACGACAAAGAAGAAGACAAAGAGAAAAGGCAAGAAGAGGAGCAGAGCAAGAAAGGAGAAGUUGAUCAAACUAUCAGCGAAAGAGUUGAGAUAGCAACUGGAUUGCAUGAUGAAAUUUUGUCUGACGAAGUCAUUGACAAAACAAUCUCCCAAAUCUUCAAAGACACUCAGGAAGGAGAAAGGAAAGAAGAAAAGAAAAGGAAGAGAGAACAAGAUGAUAUUGACCCGUCGUCAAUGGUAAAAGAUCUGAAGGGCAAAGAUGACAGAACAGUGAAGAUGGAGGAAGGGUUCAUCUACUAUAAUAGGAACCAGAAGGAAAGAAAGAAAAGCAAUUCUGCAUUUGAAAUGACAAAGCUGUUCAAUUACAUUUCGGAGGAAGAUAUGGAUCUACUAGAUACAAUUUAUGAAUUUGAGAAAGAAGACAAAAAAUCUUUCGUCUGGCACAACCCAGUCAACAAUGAUACAGUUACAAUUGAAGAUGUCCUGAAUCUGUUGAACGAGGGUGAUAUUGGAAACACGUGCAUUGAUGGGCUCACUUACAUUUUGGAAAAACAAGAAGAAAAGACAGCAAAAACACAGGGGAACUGCUUCUACAUUACAUCCACCUGUUGGGUAUGCAAACUGUUUAGUAUUCCAUCUUUGUCAACUGAGAACAGAUAUAUGUUAUCCCAAUAUCUGAUAAUAUGUGAAAUAUAUUCUUUUUUGACAGACACUAAUCAAAGAAAAAGCUGAUGCAAGAACAAACUUAAUCAACGAAAAGCUGAAAGAACUGGACAAAGUUGUCGACAUAAAUGGUGUUGCAUUCUACAAAUAUCUCAUAUUCCCGAUGAAUUCAAUGGGAGGCAGAAAAGUGAAAGCUCCUGACCAUUGGACUCUUCUGGUCUACGAUACUUCCAAGCAACAAUGGAUGCACUACAAUUCUUUGACAAAGCCCAAGAAAAAGAAGGAUCCUUACUUGACAGAUGCCUCCAUUGUGAAAGAGUACGUGGAAGAGCAAAUGAGGAAGUUGACUCUUAGUAAACCACCAAGCUUUGAACUCAUUUCUACACCUAAACCAACACUGUUUCCAACCAACACACUCAGUGCUCCAAUAAGCUCCAUUGAUGAUGCACCUCAGCAACAACCUGGAUCGGUUGAUUGUGGAAUAAUUGUGUGCUAUAUCAUUAAACAACUUGAAGAACAGAAGCCCGUCCCAACGUAUCUCACUGUGGAAAAUCUGAAAAAAUUCAGAGCUGAAUUGGUCCAUAUAUUCUUGAAUGACAAGCCCAGAACAUGGUCAAUAGAAGAAUGGAAAAGCAACCAGCUAAUGCAAGGAAUGACAGAUUAGGAAUAUACUUUUGCUCAAGAAUUAAAGUUUUUUUUGUCCAUACCAAGGGUUGUACAUAUUUUUUUGGUGUCCGGUGGUAAACUGUUAUCCUCAAACCGGACGACAAGGGUUAUGAAGUAGAAUUAGUCUGUACAUGUAAUGACAAGCCCAGAACAUGGUCAACAGAAGAAUGGAAAAGCAAGCAGCUAAUGCAUGG